CGAGCUGGGCAGCAGCCUCAAGAAGAAGAAGCGGCUCUCGCAGUCGGAUGAGGAUGUCAUUAGGCUCAUAGGACAGCACCUCAAUGGCCUAGGGCUCAACCAGACUGUUGAUCUCCUCAUGCAAGAGUCAGGAUGUCGUUUAGAACAUCCUUCUGCUACCAAAUUCCGAAAUCAUGUCAUGGAAGGAGACUGGGAUAAGGCAGAAAAUGACCUGAAUGAACUAAAGCCUUUAGUGCAUUCUCCUCAUGCUAUUGUGAGGAUGAAGUUUUUGCUGCUGCAGCAGAAGUACCUGGAGUACCUGGAGGAUGGCAAGGUCCUGGAGGCACUUCAAGUUCUGCGCUGUGAGCUCACGCCGCUGAAAUACAAUACAGAACGAAUUCAUGUUCUUAGUGGGUAUCUGAUGUGUAGCCAUGCAGAAGACCUACGAGCAAAGGCUGAGUGGGAAGGCAAGGGAACAGCCUCCCGCUCCAAACUGCUGGACAAGCUUCAGACCUAUUUACCACCAUCAGUGAUGCUUCCCCCACGGCGUUUACAGACUCUCCUGCGGCAGGCGGUGGAACUACAAAGGGACCGGUGCCUAUAUCACAAUACCAAACUUGACAAUAAUCUAGAUUCUGUGUCUCUACUUAUAGAUCAUGUUUGUAGUAGGAGGCAGUUCCCCUGUUACACUCAGCAGAUACUCACAGAGCAUUGUAAUGAAGUGUGGUUCUGUAAAUUCUCUAAUGAUGGCACUAAGCUAGCAACAGGAUCAAAGGAUACUACAGUCAUCGUAUGGCAAGUUGAUCCGGAUACACACCUGCUAAAGCUGCUUAAAACAUUAGAAGGACAUGCCUAUGGUGUUUCUUACAUUGCAUGGAGCCCAGAUGACAACUAUCUUGUUGCUUGUGGCCCAGAUGACUGCUCUGAGCUUUGGCUUUGGAAUGUACAAACGGGAGAAUUAAGAACAAAAAUGAGCCAAUCUCAUGAAGACAGUUUGACCAGUGUAGCCUGGAAUCCAGAUGGGAAACGCUUUGUGACUGGAGGUCAGCGCGGGCAGUUCUAUCAAUGUGACCUGGAUGGAAAUCUUUUGGACUCCUGGGAGGGGGUGAGAGUGCAAUGCCUAUGGUGCUUGAGUGACGGGAAGACUGUAUUGGCUUCUGACACACACCAGAGAAUCCGGGGCUACAACUUUGAGGACCUUACAGAUAGGAACAUAGUACAAGAAGAUCAUCCUAUUAUGUCAUUCACUAUUUCAAAAAAUGGCCGAUUAGCUUUGUUAAAUGUAGCAACUCAGGGAGUUCAUUUAUGGGACUUGCAAGACAGAGUUUUAGUAAGGAAAUACCAAGGUGUUACACAAGGGUUUUAUACAAUUCAUUCAUGUUUUGGAGGCCAUAAUGAAGACUUCAUCGCUAGUGGCAGUGAAGAUCACAAGGUUUACAUCUGGCACAAACGAAGUGAACUGCCAAUUGCAGAACUGACAGGGCACACUCGCACAGUAAAUUGUGUUAGCUGGAACCCACAGAUUCCAUCCAUGAUGGCCAGUGCCUCAGAUGAUGGCACUGUUAGAAUAUGGGGACCAGCACCUUUUAUAGACCACCAGAAUAUUGAAGAGGAAUGCAGUAGCAUGGAUAGUUGAUGGCGAAUUGGAGCAGACGACUUCUGUUUAACUUAAAAUUAGUCGUAUUUUAAUGGCUUGGGAUUUGGUGCAAACAAACAUGAUUGCUAGCUGGACAGACAUGCUCGUCAUGAAACAAGAACCAUUUCUGAAGCCCGAUUGGGGCCAAACAUUUCCACCUUGCUUCAUAGUAACCAGUCGAUGAAGCACAGCGUCAGAAUGUUGUUGGACACCCUGUUGAAUUAUUCCCCAUCGGUUGUGGAGAACUGUGCUACAUUCAGGCUUACCCAUUGAACUCAGUAUAUAUAUUUUUCCCUCCUGCCUUUUGUCUGGUGGGAUACCAUUCUUGUUGCUCUUCUGUGUAAUGAAGUUCAAAUGCUUGUUUGGAAACUUUAUUUAACAGUUUAGAAGGCUUGAUAGGAAGAGUUCAUUAGUCUGAAGAGUAUACAUUGGACAGGAAAGAAUUUCUUUUUGUUUCUCCAAAUCUUUCCGCCUUAUUUAGCUUGAGAUCUUUGCAGCUUGGUUCAUGGAUUCUAGCCUUGCCCGUUGCGCAGUAUAUACUGAUCAGAUGAUAAACCAGUGAACUAUGUCAAAAGCACUCUCAAUAUUACAUUUGACAAAAAGUUUUGUACUUUUCACAUAGCUUGUUGCCCCUUAAAAGGGUUAACAGCACAAUUUUUUAAUAAUAAAUUAAGAAGUAUUUAUAGGAUUAAAGUGACUUCAUUUGUAUACAUUUGGAAUCUAAACCAGCUUAAAAACAGUUUCCUCUGUGACUCAGAUAUGCAGUGUAACUGAGCUCUUCUGGAGUACCACCUGAGACAUGGCAUGGUCAGAAACAGUGCUCAGAAGGACAUGGCACAGGAAAGCCAGAGAGAUACUUUGAAGGUUCCCCCUUUUUAUUUUAUUCUAGAAGGGACAUCAGUAUCUGAUGUUGAAGAAAUUCAAGAUUCAAAAGGAGACUUUUAUAAAUACACCAACAUGAAAAAUCAGCCAUCAGUGUAGGUUUUCAAGAAAGCUUGUUCCAGGUUCCUGUGGACUUGGUGUGACCUAGUAAAAGUAGAGAUCAGAAGAUAGGUCUGCUUUGGGAAUUGAUAGUGUAGUUGAGACUUAGGAGAACCCAGCAGGUUACAAACUGUAAACUGGGAUUCAAACCGCAGUCAUUUCUCCUAAUAGCCAGCCCUUAAUGCCCAACAUAUAGGGACACUGGAAUUUAAAGAAGAUUUCUUCUCAGCUUCUCAGAUGUUGCCAUACUGAACCUCAUUCAAACUGGUGCUGUGGACAGUCUUUCCCCCUCUCCCCCCUUUUAGUUUAAAGGAUGGUUUCCUUUAUGGAAAAAAGACUUCUCAUUUGAAGACUACUUCUAACAUCUGAUGUUGCGGAUCUAACAGUCUCCCUUGAAAUCCCCUGUUUUUCAGUAGAGGAUAAUCAGGGUGACCACAGCCUUUGAAACACAAGUGGAUUACUCUCAAAGUAAGAUCCUGGUGAAGAAAAAAAAUCUUGUACCGAGUUAACCUUGAGGCCAAUCCAAGUCCGUAGCAUUCUCACCAUGAGCAUACCCUUCACCAUGGCCCUAGGAAGAGAGAGGCUUGCAUGUUAGGGUCAUAAAGAGGGAUGGCAGCAGAGAGGGGAAAGUCAGGAAAAGGGAGAAGAAGAAGAAAACACAUUUGGCCUUAAAAUUGUGUUUAUUCUCCCAAAGCCCAUACUAAGGAAAUUACAGAUCGUAGUCGACAAUUAUUUUAUCAAAUUGGUAUGUAAAAGAUUCCUUUAAGCUUCAUUUUGCAGAGACCACCACUUUAGAAAAAUCAGAGAAAUCCUGUUUUGAUACUUCUAAGUUAAAAUAUGUUACCGUUUAUCUGGUACUUCAUUUCUUGACUAAAAUUACUUUUCACUUUAAGCUUGAAUAAAAAUUUUCAUUCGUAACUGUAUAUAAUUAAGUGGCAACUCCUCUUUACCUCAGUGCAGUUAGAACCGUAUUUUGAUUAAUAUGCCCUGAAGCCAUUAAUACAUACACCCCAGUCUCUCCAGUAACAAUCACUAACAAAAUGUGGUCGCAGAACUCCACAGCUGUUUACAAAUGUGAUUACAUUGUACUGUAUGGUACAUAUGUAAUGUUCCUUGAGAUUCGUGCCCAUUCAGGGUAGUAUGACAAUUCAGAUUCCAUUAGUAUACCAAGCCACACCUACACCUGAGUUUUCACAGUGCUUCUGAAGUACAGUUAAAAACACUUAGGAGUAAAAAAAUGGACUGAAAGUGAGGGUCAUUUUACAAGACCAUAACUCCUUGUUAAAGUGGAGUUACAACUAUGCAAAGGUGUUCAUAGCAGCUAGGUGAGUUUGUUUUCCGGCUGUUCUAACCAGCAGCUUCCUGUGUAUACUGGUAAUUUGCUGCGCCAAUUGCUGUAAGCAUCUGUUUCGUAUAUUUACAAUGAAGAGAGUGCUAGAAAGGGGAAAAGACGGUGAAGAAACCUGGCUAUUAAGAGGGAAGAACCUGGUGGCAGGAUUUUUCUAACCCAUAGCUAUUAACUGAAAAUUUCUGACAAUAUGAUAAAACUACGUAAAGGCUUAAGAGGGAAAAGUCUGUCAAGCCAGCCACAAGAUACUAACCAAUGUAUACACUGAAAAGUACCAAUACUUUUUGCACAUAGAUCAAAAUAGUGGAGAAUUUUUGACUCCAAAAAUCAGGUUAGUAGGCUCAAUUCCGUGUGCUUAAAAAUGUUUUUGUUGUUGUUAAUGCAUUGAUUAAGGGCUAGAGCAAGAAUGAAAUUAAAUGUCUUUUUCCUCUAAAUAAUACUGGUUAUUAGUGGUAAAGUGUUGGAUUUGGGCAUCACUGAGGUUGGUGUGUGGGUGAAAAAGAAUUAGAGUGGGGGUUAGUUGGGGGAGAUGACAAAGCUUCGAUUUGAUUUUUGUAUUUUAGUAUUCAUGCCAGCUGUAUUUUGUUGCUGGCUAGAUAAAUGUAUUCUAGUAAUCCAGGUAAGUAGUUGAAAACAGGAAAUUUUACUUGCAGAUGUCUCCAUAUAUUGGCCCAUUUUAUUGGGUGGGAAAACAAAAAAGGAAUUCUCUGACUCUAGGUGAUUAAAAUAACCUGCUACACAAACCAAGAGCAAUCUUGUCACCAUUUCCUUAGUCAGAGAAAACACAGCAGUAAUUCAGUAAGAUUAGUGAGUAGGAGUACUCUGCCUCGACUGGCAUUCUGUGACAUUAAUAGAAAAUUCUUCUUUCCCACCCCUCCCCACCUUGAAACCUUCUUUUUUAGGACGUUGGUUCCUGCAAACAAGAACUCACCCUCUGCCUCCCAGUGGGUAAAUGUAUCGCACAUCUCUUGAAAGGGAAAGGGAACAUACCCAUGUCACUUACUUUACAGCAGAAGAAUGGGGAGGAAAGAAGAUAAUUGGUCUUAGUAUCCUUUGUGUCCCAUUUUUUAAAAUAUAUUUUCACUUAGUAAUUUUACUUUAAUGUCUCCGACUUCAAAUCUCCCUUCGUUUGCUGGCCAAAGCAUUAUCCCAUUUCCAAACCCAUACCUGACUUCACUUCAACUGCUAACUUAAAAGAGGUGAAUUUGCAUUUACACAUAGACGCUUUCUAAAAACAGGGUGAACUUAAUCUAAACUUGGCAGUGUUAUUGUUACAGUAGCUGCCCUAGAAUUUCAAAAACAAGCUGUCAGAACUCAUCCCCUAUCCAAGUAGCCUGGAUUUAAUGAAGUUAAUCGUAUAAAAUUUUGUGUUUUGAGAAAGACCUUGAUUCAUAAAAUAUCCUAGAAACAACUUCUAGGUUGUCAUUUUUACUAGAGUCUUGUGCACAUGUAAAGUGCCCUCUCUUGAGUGUAAGACUUGGUUAAUACUUGUCUAUUUUUAUAAGAAUGAAAUUGUGUCCCACCUUUGAUUUAGACAGGAUCAGUAUGCUAGAAUUAAAUCAUAACAUUUUUUAGACUCAGCGGGGAAAUGUUACUGGCCCCUUGAAAGUGAGCGAGAAAGUCUUUUUUUGUUUUUUGUGGUUUUUUGUGUGUGUGUGUGUGUGUGUGUGUGUGUGUGUGUGUGUUGAGGGGAGUAGAUCGCAAAAGCAUGUGUGUGCUUACAAACCAAGCUGUAGAGAUCACAUAACUUGGGUGUUGCUCUGGAGAUUUCUGAGCUGUAGAGAGUGAUAAGGCACUGUAGCUCACACGCUGUUGGUGUGGAGUAACAGUUAACUCUGAACUGGUAGAUGUUUCCAGAGGAUCGUGUUCUUAAACUUUGGGGUUUGCUUUUUUAACUGCCUCUCAGAUUAUAUCUAGUAGUUUAAAUUUCUUUGUUUUAUUAUUUCAUUAAAGUAUAAAAACUUCAGGUCUCAUAUUUAUUUUCACUUGUUCUACUAAUUAUUUACAAGACACCUUUUGGUUGACAUUUAUUUUAUAAAUGUGUGGUAUAUUAAAUGUCGUUAAUUUUUUUUGUUUGAAAUUACAGUAACUUGGAUUUGCUUUACUGGGAUUUUUAAAUUUUAUUUUAAUUACACCUUUUCCAUGUCAGUGCACAGCACUUGCCCAGUCCUUUGUAUUCCCUUAUCUCAAUUCAAUAAACAGAACGAGUAAUUAA